AUGUUGGUGUUGUUUGCACUGUUUGGAGCGUCUUCGGCUUUCCUUUUCGGCGGCGGCGGCGGUGGAUGCGGAUGUGCCCCUCCACCACCACCAUGUGGCUGCGGAAUGUCGUUGCCUCAACUCCCACCACUUUCUCUUCCAUCAUUGCCCAGCUUUGGAGGCGGUUGCGGAUGUGCCCCACCACCACCCCCAUGCGGAUGCGGACUUCAACUCCCACAAUUCUCUCUCCCAAGAUUCUCACUUCCAUCACUCCCUAGCCCAUGCGGAUGCGGCGGAGGAGGAGGUGGCUGCGGAGGUGGAUGCGGCGCUCCACCCCCACCCCCAUGCGGUGGAGGAUGCGGAGGAGGAGGAGGUGGAUAUGCUGCUCCCCCACCAUCGUUCGGUGGAGGCGGUGGAUAUGCUCAAGCUCCAAGCUUUGGCGGAGCCCCACCACCACCCCCACUCCCAGCCGGUGGAUACUCUGCUCCAGCUCCAGCCUUCGGUGGUGCUCCAGCUGGUGGAUACUCUGCUCCAGCUCCAUCCUUCGGUGGUGCUCCAGCCGGUGGAUACUCUGGCCCAGCUCCAGCCCCUGCUUUCGGUGGAGCUCCCUCCGGUGGAUACUCUGCUCAAGCUGCCCCUGCCUCUUUCGCAGCUCCAGCUCCAGCUCAAUUCGCCCCAGCUCCUGCUCCAGUUCAAGCCCCACCAGCUCAGUAUGCUCCAGCUGCCCCAAUCCAAUCGGCUCCUGGUGGAUACGCCGGAAAA